UCACCUCCUCUCCACCCCUUCCAUCUUUCGCUGCUGCCAGCUCCAAAAAAGAAGCGUAUCCGUGAGCAGACUGGUAUAGAGAAGAGAAGAGAGAGAGAGAGAGAGAGAGAGGUAUAUACUGACAAUUCACGGUGGAUUUCCCAGACCAGGACCACUACUGAGAGACAGACCCGACCAUGGAAGAACUUACGGCAUUCGUGUCGAAAUCUUUCGAUCAGAAAACCAAGGAGAGCAGCAAAGAGAGUAUCACGUACAGGGAAGUUUUGGAGAGCGGCUUGACAAGGGCGAGGGAGCUGGGCAGCCCGGAGACAAACCUGCAGGACAUAACGGAGAGCAACCACUGCCCGGUGCAUCUGUUCAAGGACCAUGUCGAGCUGGAAAAAGACAAACUCAAGGACUUUAAUGUUUCCAGGGCUACAGAGGGGAUAUACGAGUGUAAGGAGAAAAAGGAGGACGUAAAGUCGGAGGAUGAGGACGCACAGGGCAAACUGAAGCAGCGGAGGAGUCGCACGAACUUCACGUUGGAGCAGCUGAACGAACUGGAGCGGCUGUUCGACGAGACGCACUAUCCGGACGCGUUCAUGAGAGAGGAGCUGAGCCAGAGACUGGGACUGUCCGAGGCCAGGGUGCAGGUUUGGUUUCAGAACAGAAGAGCGAAAUGUCGAAAACAAGAAAACCAGAUGCACAAAGACAUCUUUCCCUUCUCUCCAGGUGUUAUUUUGGGCAGCGGCAGCCACCUCGAUGCAUGCAGGGUAGCACCCUAUGUCAAUAUGGGUGCCCUCCGGAUGCCCUUCCAACAGGUUCAAGCUCAACUUCAGUUGGAUGGAGUCACCCACUCCCACCCCCACCUGCACCCUCACCUGGCUGCUCAUGCUCCUUACCUGAUGUUCCCGCCCCCUCCUUUUGGACUACCAAUCGCAUCACUCGCCGACUCGGCCUCUGCGGCAGCGGCUGUGGCGGCGGCUGCCAAAAGCAACAGCAAGAACUCGAGCAUCGCCGACCUGCGACUCAAGGCAGGACUUCUGCGGGGCCAAUGGCUCAGUCCACUCCAGGCACAGAUCACAUCCCAAGGACCGUACAAACACAUGUGGAUGUCUGUCUGAGGGCCAGGCCGAGCCCGUCAGACCAGAAGACGUUAUAACAAAGCAAACUGGCAAACAGGCAGCAGCAGGGCCAAAAGCAGAGGCUCGCUGCCGCCAUAUUGACAAUGCAGAGGGUUGAGCAUGGGGAAACAGACCCACACACCACCUCUCCGAGACAUUGGAGCAACUCUCACCUUUACACCCCCCGUUCCUCCCCCCCUCCACCCCCCGCCCCGCCCUCACUAGAAAAAUGAAGAAAAAAGAAAAGAUUAAAAAAGGCCAUAUUUGUCUCCAACCACUGUGUUCCCUGCUGCUGCCAAGUGCAUGAGCUCUAAUGGAGGACCGUUCUGGGACUGGCCUCCGUCCACUCCUGACAUAACGCUCGACAACUGUUUUUAACACUGCCAUUGCUCACAACUCUCCCAAACCAACAAAGUGAAAGGUCUCCAUUACGGUUUGAUAUCGUUCUUCUGUGGACUUGUGCUAUAACAAAAGCAACAACUCCUUUUUUUCUUUGCUGCAGAGGGAAAAGACGUUUAUUCUGUGUUGCUGGGCAUGUGUCAGCGAGACUUCGUUUGCAUUUCUCCUCACAGCGUGCUCUCUCUCUGUCUUUUAAACCUUUCUGUUUAUUGUGUUGUAUCCUGGGUAAAGAAGUGAAGAUAGCCUUUGCACUUCAGGUCUUGUAUGUGGGUGUUUACAAAUGGCACUACAAGCAGAUACUACUUUACUAAUUAAAAGGGGGUGGGGUUUGAUAUUGUCAUGUGAUCAGCAAAAAGGACAUUAUCUUGGAUAAAGGGUAUAAUUGAUUUUUUUUUUUUUUCUAAUUCUGAAAAUAUGAAGAAAGCAUCAGUCAAACUGAAAUGCAAUGGUGUGCAGUUUAAGUGCAAUACUGUAAAUAGCAAAAAGUAAAACAGCUAGCAGUUAAUCCUCAAUGAUAAAGAGACCCAAUGAUUAUUCUGUUGUUUUUCAUGCACUGUUGGAGUGUUGAAUUUCUUUGCCAAACACACCGGUUUUUCUACGGCAGUGUAUUUUUUUUUGUUGAGUUUAAGAAACAGCUCACAACCAGGUGCCAUAUUACACAUAACCCUCUUAUGUAUUCAAUCAGUUUUGUAUGCAUCAGGUAUACAUUUGUCGCUUGUUGAGGAAGACAUGAGCACACUUUUGGAUGCUGCAAAAAUUAGGGAUGUGUACUCUUACCGAUAUUUGUGGAAAUCCAUUUACAGUUUUGGAAAGUGUUCAUAAUAAAAUCAACAAAUCAGCACUGUAAUCCAAGCCAAACAGUUGUUUACAAUAUGAGCUUAAUUCUGCAUGUUAUAUGUAACAUUUCACUAUUAAUUUCCAAAUAAUUCAGAGUGUAUCUUACAAAUUGCUCCGGGUAGGAUGAAACAAUUUGGAAUUACAAGGUUAUUUUUGAGAAACUUUUAACUCUACUGUCAGAGCUGCGCUUAACACGUCGAUCUUUUUAAGGUCUACAUACCGCUAACAGUGUCCAAACAUUUUCUCUGUUAACAGACCUCCAUUUAGAAUUGUUUAUCUAUGUCUCCAUUUUAAAUUAAACAUAUGGGUGUUUUAUUUAUUAUUUUGUCUGAAAGUUUAUGAAAGAUGAAAUAGUUGAACUACAAGUGUACAUUUUUACAUGGCUUUGCAUUUAUUUUUGUAUGUUUUUUUAAGUGUUAAAUUUAAAUUAGGAGGUGUGGCUGUAGUGCAUUGUUUGCCUAAAAUGUAGCGUGUCCGAGUUUACAAACAUUUCAGGGAUGGUUGAAUUUAACAAUACUCCAUGGAAUUUGUUGUACCCAUUAAAUUGAUUAUCAUUUCAUAUGCAAGCAUGCCUAAACAUGAAUCAUCGUACAGUUUGUUUUCCCCUUUUGAUUCACAAAAUAUGAAUGUACAUCUUGUACAAGUAAACUAUCAAUAAAGUUAUAAAUAUUUGUA